AGUUGUUAUGAGCACACACUUUAAUUUAUUCAUUGACUUCAUUUAAGAUAGUUAAUUAACUUUAAUGAGAUAUUUAUUGAAAAAAAAGAUGUUAAUGAUAUUGAUAGUUUCAAUUUACAAAGAAGAAUGUUGACAAUGUAUCUUCCUCACACAUAAAAGCAAAAAAGUGAUUUAAAAAAAAGUAUUUACGAACAAAAAAAAAAUGAAAUUUGCAGAACAUUUAUCAGCACAUAUUACACCAGAAUGGAGAAAACAGUACAUAAAUUACGAGGAAAUGAAAGCUAUGCUUUACCUCGCUGUAGAAGAAGCACCGUCCGCCGAAAGCGUAGAACCAGAAGUAUUAACACGACAUUUUCGAAAUUUCGAUGAACAUUUCUUGCACUAUUGUGAAAAAGAACUGAAAAAAAUUGAUACAUUUUACUGUGAAAAAUUAGCUGAAGCAACAAGAAAAUUUGCAACAUUACAAGCAGAAUUAAAAACUUCUUUAGCUGAAGCUGGUUCAAAACAUAAAUUAACACAUUCAAAACAAGCAACAAUUGCCUUUAAAAAACCAAAUGUGCCUGCACGGAAAUAUCAAGAAUUGAAACUUGCUUUUAGUGAGUUUUAUUUAAGUUUAAUACUUUUACAAAAUUAUCAAACGUUAAAUCAUACAGGCUUCAGAAAAAUAUUAAAAAAACACGAUAAGCUCCUAAAUGUGGAUAUAGGAGCAAGAUGGCGAGCCGAAAAUGUAGAUAUUGCUCGGUUUCAUACAAGUCCUGAGAUUGGUCGAUUAAUUGCUGAAACUGAGGCAACAGUGACAAAUGAACUUGAGGCUGGUGAUAGGCAAAAAGCUAUGAAAAGAUUGAGAGUACCGCCAUUGGGUGAACAACAAUCUCCUUGGACAACAUUUAAAGUUGGACUCUUUUCUGGGUCAUUUAUCGUAUUAUUUAUUGCCGUAGUUUUAUCUGCUAUUUUCCACGAUGGCAAUUUAGAUAAUUUAAAAAUUGCAUUUCGCUUAUAUCGUGGUCCAUUAUUAAUUGUGGAAUUUGUGUUUUUAAUGGGUAUAAACGUAUAUGGAUGGCGAUCGUCUGGUGUUAAUCAUGUACUUAUAUUUGAACUUGACCCACGGAAUCAUUUAUCGGAACAACAUUUAAUGGAACUAGCCGCAGUAUUUGGUGUUGUAUGGACGCUGAGUUUAUUAAGUUUUUUAUAUAGCGCCAGUUUAAGUAUUCCACAAUUUGUGAAUCCAUUGGCACUUACAGUUAUUAUGAUUGUUUUUGUAUUAAAUCCAUUCAAAGUGUUUCGACAUGAAGCUAGAUUUUGGUUACUUCGAAUUUGUGGUAGGAUGUUUGGAGCACCAUUUUUUCAUGUUGGAUUUGCUGAUUUCUGGCUGGCUGAUCAAUUGAACAGUUUAGUUUCUGCGUUACUAGAUUUACACUUUCUCAUUUGUUUUUAUAUUACAAAUCCAGAUUGGAAUUAUACAGAAGUUACAGAUACUACACAAUGUUGGGAAUAUUCAUAUAUUACAAAACCACUGGUAAAUUGUAUUCCGGCAUGGUUACGUUUUGCACAAUGUUUACGACGAUAUCGUGAUUCGCGUGAAGCAUUUCCACAUUUAGUGAAUGCUGGAAAAUAUUCAACAACAUUUUUCGUCGUUGGAUUUGCAACGUUACGUGAUAUGCAUGCAUCGGAAUACCCUAAUAAAAUGGAUAAUCCAUUUUUAUAUUGUUGGUUAGUUGCAUCAACAAUUGGUUCAUUGUAUGCGUACACUUGGGAUAUCAAAAUGGAUUGGGGUUUAUUUGAUAAAAGCGCUGGCGAAAAUAAAUAUUUGCGAGAAGAAAUUGUAUAUUCGUCAACGGGUUUUUAUUAUUUUGCCAUAGUUGAAGAUUUUGUUAUACGAUUUUUAUGGGCCCCAUCAUAUGUACUAGUUAGCGGAGGGUACAUUAGUGGAGAUUUGGCGACAUCGAUUCUUGCCAUUUUAGAAGUAUUUAGACGUUUCGUAUGGAAUUUCUUCCGAUUAGAGAACGAACAUUUGAAUAACUGUGGUAAGUUCAGAGCUGUUCGAGAUAUAUCCGUAGCUCCAGUUGAUUCAUCCGACCAUUCACAAAUAUUACGUAUGAUGGAUGACGAGGAUGGUGUAAUAAAUCGUAAACCACGUAAAUAUAAAAAGAAAGAAGACAAACGGCCAUUAUUAAAAGAUGACCCAACAGUUGUUAUUUUACCAAAUGAGAAUCAAGUAACGUUUAAAGAAAGUCCAGAAAGCUGAUAUACACCAUUUAUA